AGAAGACGAUCAAAACCUCACUUUGGAUUGACGACAGACAGAUAAAACUUGUGACUGCUGUAGUAAAGAUGCCACAAUCCAGCAAGCGAUCAAAGGCAGCGAAGAAGAGGAUGGCUGCUCCAGAGGACCACGGGUCUCCUGUUGAGGUUAAACUUCCUCGUGAAAAAAAAGCAAAACCAUCGGGGGUUGGGCCACCUCCCUAUCCCAAGGCCAAACAUACUAAACCAAACUCUACCAACAAACAAACGUACUCUGAAAACCACCCAAUUAUACCAAACUCUACAAACAAACAAACUAUUACAAACUCUGAAAAACAACAAACUAUUACAAACUCUGGCAACCAACGACUUUGUGCAACCCCUUUCCGUACACAGAUUCCAGACUCCGUAUCCGUACAUCUUUGUCAAACAGACAAACUAACUUCAACUAACUCAAUGCCUACCACUGUGAACAAGCACCCUGUUACUGAUGAUGGUUUCUCCUUGACUAAACCUGUUACUUUUCCAGAGAGAUCAGUGCUGAUGGGAUCCUUUCAUCAAGGUCAUCCACAGUUUGGAGAUGCACAGAACAAGCAGUGUGGUGCCAUCAGUCUGACUGCAGUUUUGAAGAGCAAGACUAAGAGUGUGUUGACUUGGAAUACUCAAGAUUUAGAUGAUGUUUUGGUGAAAGGGACUUGCCUGUAUAGAUCAAUGAGAGCUCAGGGUAAAAUAAGAGACCAUGUCAGAGGAAGAGGUUACAUUGCUGUGUCUGAACUGCCAACAAGACAUAGGUUGUGGAAUUCUGAUUUCAGAUUAAACUUUGCUGACUCGUUUACUGGAUUUGUUCAUGUUGAGGAUUACGACCAUGCUGUAUGUGAUGUUGCCAUGCCAUUUGAUGUAGCAUUACAACGAACACUGUUGAGUCAUGACGCAUGUCUCUUAACCAUUUGUGCUAAUACAUGUGCUAUUGUAAAAGAGGGAACAUGGUUUGCGCUAAUUGAUUCACAUGCUAAUAGAAAUGUUAACAAGAAACAACAUAUGGCAAGUAUUGUUGCAUAUUUUAGCUCUGCUGAAUCUCUGUACAGGUAUGUUUUUGACUUUGCAAGCUCAGUUGGAGAAAAUACACCACGCUUUGAGAUAACUGGAGUUGAAGCAGUCAUGAUUGCUGUCAGUGCAGAGCUGUAUGGAAUGUGUAAUGAUGCAGGUACAUCUUCCAGUUACAUGGUAAACACAGCGAUCUCUCCAAACAGCAGCCUGCUGUACAGUGAUGUUGUGAAAGGAAAUGGUAAGGUGUACAGACAGCAGGUAGUCAAGUCAACUACUGGAAAUGGCACAAAAGAUCCUGUGCAAACGAAAGCUGCUGCCACUGCUGAUGUAUUCUCAAGCACAGCACUCUACAGUGAUGUUCUGAAGCAGAAGCCUAAGGUUUGUGAUGAUGGGUUUUCUAGUGAUGUUUCCAAACAAAGUGUUGACAUGCCUGAAGUAUAUGCUGUUAGAUCUGAUACCACAAAUAAACACAGUGCACAAACUGAACCCAUUGGGAAAAUAAAAGACUUCUUUUACCGUGUUGAAUUUCAACAACGUGGUUCACCUCAUGUCCACUGUCUUUUUUGGGUUGAGAAUGCUCCUAAGAUUGACAAAGAAAGUGAUGCUGAAGUAGCACAUUUCAUAGAUACCUACAUCACUUGUGAGACUCUACCUGAGACUGACCCAGAGCUUUAUGAGACUGUGAAUUGUGUGCAGAAACACAGCACGAGACAUUCCAAGACAUGUCGUAAGAAAAACACAGUGUGCAGAUUUAAUUUCCCACGACCACCAUCCAACCAUACCUUUGUCACAAGAGGAGGUAACUCAGAGGACUUGAAUGGCAAAGAUGAAAAUACAAGUGGAACUGGAAUUAUGAAGAAAGUCAAAACUGCGUUGACAAAGCCUGAUAUGAAUUUCAGUUCAGCAGAUGUAUUUUUUGAGUCUAUUGGAAUUGAUCAAGAACUGAUGAAAGAUAAGGUCAUGCCUGAUGACGAUGAUGAUGAGGAACUCAUUCCGGAUCUGUCAGCACGCCCACAAACCACAUCAUCAACCGGUGUGGCUGCAUAUAACAUUGGUGCAACAACCAUUCACAACACAUUCUCCAUCGGUGCCAAUAUCAGAUUGCCAUAUCAACCUCUAAGUGAUGAUAAAGUAAAUUCUUUAAGAACCAAAAUCGGCAACUUGCAAAUUCUCAUCAUUGAUGAAGUGUCCAUGGUUGACCACCGCCUUCUAGCCUAUGUUCAUGGUAGAUUGCGUCAAAUCAAGCAGACUGGUGAUUACUCUGUUUUUGGAAAAGUCUGCAUUGUUGCUGUGGGUGAUUUCUAUCAGUUGCCACCUGUAAAAGGCACUCCUCUCUUUGCUGAUAACAACGGAGCCAACUUGUGGGACAACAACUUUGAAGUUGCAGAACUAACUAAAGUAGUCAGACAGCAAAAUGCAACCUUUGCGGAAAUGUUGAAUCGCCUGAGAGUUCGUAAAAAGAAAGAAGCUCUAAGUAGCCAUGAUGUUCUCACAUUAAAGCAGUGCGAAACAGGUGAAGAAUGUAGUGACAUUCACAUAUUUGCUACAAACGCAGAGGUUGAUAAAUUUAACAUCCAGAGACUGCAACAGACCUGUCCUGACGCAAUCAGUAUACCAGCUCAAGAUUUUGUCCGUAAUCCUAAAACUGGAAGAAUGGAACAGAAAGUAGGCUUUCACACAAACAUUUUCAAUUCCUGUUUGUCGGAUUGUGUUUCAUUGGGAAUUGGAGCAAAAGUGAUGUUGAAGAAGAAUAUAGACGUGUCUGAUGGUCUUGUCAAUGGAGCAUUUGGAACAGUUGUCCACAUCAGUAAACGUCAACAAGAUGAUGAUUUACCCACAGCUAUUCAUGUAGAAUUUGACGACCCAAAUGUUGGCAAGAUUCAGAGAUCAAAAUCAAAUGUGAGGUUUUCUGAACGUUCAACGCUAAUUGAGGUAGAAGAGGACAAAGUCACAAAUGCUGGUGGAGUACGCCGUCAAUUUCCCCUCAGACUGGCUUGGGCAUGCACAGUUCACAAAGUCCAAGGACUCACUGUUGAAAAAGCUGUUGUAUCACUAAAAAAGAUUUUUACUGCAGGGCAAGCAUAUGUUGCUUUGAGUCGUGUGAAAACUCUCAGUGGACUGAUAAUUGAGGACUUUAAAGAGUCAAGCAUAUAUUGCAAUAACAAAAUAGACAUGGCAAUGAAAAGCUUGCCUCUGUUUACAUUUGAAAAGUCUGUUUUCUCUAAUGUUAACCAUACAUGUACACUAGCACUUCACAAUAUACAGAGUCUGAAAGCUCACUUUCAAGAUAUUUCUUCCCAUAAAACUCUAAUGAAAGCUGAUUGUAUUUGCCUAACUGAAACAUGGCUCAAUGUAGGCACUGAAGAAUUACCAGAACUUCCAGGAUUUCGCUUCAACCACAAUCCAAGAGCAAACUGUUACGAUGACACAGAGCCCCUCUUUACAGAACUGAAACAACAACAAAGAGGUGGAGUUGGUAUGUAUUAUUCAGACAACAUUGACAUUAAUGUUUUGAUUCCAGAACAAUGCAAUUUAGAAUGUUUGUAUUUUGCAAUACCUCAUGUAGAUUUGACAGGUGCCGUGUUGUACAGGCCUAGCACUUAUAAAAUUGACGUGUUUCGACAACAGCUGUUAAAGGUUAUCUGUGAACUUGAGAAGCAUCCAGGGAAGAGAGUUAUCAUGGGAGACUUUAAUGAGGAUGUCUUUGUAUCAUCUACAAUUCUAAAGUUAAUGGAACAACAUGGAUACACUCAACAUGUCCAAGCAGCAACAACUGAAAAAGACAGCAGACAGAGCAACGCGAGUCAUGAGAUCUCCAGAAAGACACCUAGAGUUUGGAUGACCGCACAAUUUUCUAAACCAUACAAUGGUGCUUCUGGAGUAAAGAUGUGGUCAACGUCAUCUUUGUCAGCAUUGAACAGCCACAGUCUGAACAUUUAGCCCCUAAAUCUGGCAAUCUCUUCAUAGACUUCAUUCACUUUAAAGAAGGAGUGAAAACAACCAAAUACACUGGAAUCAAAAGUUGCAAAGCUUGCAAUCGUUUGUAUGUGUUUACUGUUAAUGUUGUUUUCCUAUCUCUAAAAAGAAGCAAUCAUGUGGGGAAUUAUUUCUCAAAAUGUCUCUGAAUGGCAAAUGACUGAUAUGAGUGAUAGUUUAGUGUAAGAAACCACUGUACUUGUCAAAUGUCUUGUAUUUUGGAUGGUCUUACACUAGGCGGUAUUGUAAUGUGCCUAGAAGGUGAUCAUGCUUUCCCAUGCCUCAGUGAUGAUACGAAGGUUCAUGUAGGUUGGCUGUUUCUCAACGGGUAGAGAGGAUCCUCCAGUAACCAUAAGGUUGGCGGUUUGACACAAGACUCCUUCUGUCUAACUGUCCUUCAGCAAGACACAACACCAGUAGCUCCUGAUGGGCUUGCAAGCACCUUGCAUGGCAGCUCCACUGCUGUGUGUGUGUCUAACCUAAUCUGACCUAAAUGAUUUGACCCUUGACUACAUCAUUUGCACUGUCUCAUUGAUGAAAUAUCGA